AAUCCUCUUGGCACGCAAGUUCUUUGAUGACGAGUUCAUCAACGUCCGUCAUCUCGGUUUCGUCUGUGAGCGAAUUGGUGAAGAAAGAAGUACCAGAUUGGGACGAUGAGGUACUGGCUACUGCGCGUUUCAAAGCCUUCAGUGGCCAGAGAUCGGAUUGGGAACCUCGCUUCCUCUUCUGGAGGGACCUCAUCCUUAAGGUCGCUCGCAAUCUAGGCGUUUGCGUUGUCCGGGUCUCCGAGUUGAAAAAUACGUGGUUUUCUCGAGGAGCACUGACACCAUUGUGCAUGGACCAAGUUGUACAUGAAAUGCAUGCUAAUGGGGACAUCCUAUUAAGAGAGGAACUAACUAAUCCUACCAGUGGACGUCUUUUUCGGUUGCUCAAGCUUGCAGGACAGAUUUUAGGUACUUUUCGAUCAAGUUCCCUGGAAGGUCAUGGUGAUAAUACUCUUAUUCUUAGGAUACUACUGCAGGAAAAAGCUGCUAAUGUUAUUAAAACCUUGGGAGCGAGCAACUGGACAUCUACAUGCGUUAUUACUAUGAAAAGCUUUCAGAAUCUUUGCAAGGACCCCGAUGAAACUUAUGCCCUUUUGUCUUACCUCUGUGAAAGCAGACAAGCAUGCUAUUUGUCAGUAAGGAAGGAGGUCAUUGAGGGUGUAAAGCUUUCCCUUGCUUCAACAUCCAGUAUUGCGGUCAGCGACUUUGAUUAUGAUCUUUUGCACUUGAUCUGGACAACAGAGAAUUUGCAGCAGCAAGUUGACACAGUCAAUCAACGAUGGGAGAA